AUGCAUGAAAUGGAGGAGGGUGUGAGAUCAGGUGGUGUCCUGAAGAAGAAGAGCUCAUCUGGGUGUUUGAUUAUCAAGAAAAAAGGUGAUGUUUCUGGUAAUGCUGUUGGGUCUUCGCACCAGGGGAAGAAGAGGCCUAGGUUGCAAAUGAGUGACUCAGGGUCAAGUGAUGAUUCCUCGGAACAUGUUCGAAGGAAAGUGAAUGAGCAUGUGCACAAUGGUCCUCCUGUUGUGUAUUCAAGGAGAAGUGAAGAAGAGAGAGAAUUGAGGAGGAAUGGUGAGUUUAUGAGUAGUUUGAAACUGAAUAAUUUCGAUUUGUACGAAUUUGACGAGUAUGACGAAUUCGAUGUGAAAAGAUUGAGGAAUGAUUACUCCCAGAUGUUAAGUGGAAGCUCAAGGGACUUUGGAGGUGGUUCAAGCAGGAGUGCUAUGGUUGAGAAGAGGAAGCAGGCUUACUUUGAUAGUGCAGGUGGCGGAAUGAGUGGCAGGAAUAAAGUUAUUGAUCGUAGUGGUAAAAGAAGAUCAGAUUUUGAGGAAGAUGAAACACAUAUGCCUAUUUCAAUGUUGAAAAUGAAGUAUCAAGAUGAUUCUACUGAGCCAAUUAGAUUACAGGGUAAGAAUGGAGUUUUGAAAGUUAUGGUGAAUAAGAAAAAGAAGAUGGAUUUGUCUUCCAGGAAAAACUAUGAUCGUCAAGAAUAUGAGCACAGAAAGGGUUCAAGGUCUGAAGAUGUCAUCAAGAAGGAUGCUUCUGCUUCAUUUUACUCUGAUUCUAGGAGAGCAGGAAAACGUAUUGCGGUUGCUGAGAGGGACAAUAGUCAGCUGAAAGUGCAAAAACAGUUCCUGGGCAAGAGCAAGAAAGCUGGAGAUUCUGGUUCAGAGAAGAAUGAGCUGACAAUGCAGAAACUUCUGCUUAAUAAAAAUUCCAAAGCCGGAGAUUACGAUUCAGAUGAUGCUGACACAGCUCUUAAGUUGGGACCACCUAGUGUAGAAGCUGGUAGUUCAAGGAAAGCAGUGAAACAUGAAGCAAAGAGAUUGUCGACCCCUGACUAUGUCACUCCUGUUAAAGGCAAGGAAAAGAAGGUUGUUGCGCCGGCUGACAAUGUUACUCCACUCAAAGGUGGUGAAGGAAAGCUUAAGCAACGCGCUGGGAGCACAGAAAAACAACAGUUGCGCGAAAGGAUAAGGGAAAUGCUUAUGAAAGCUGGCUGGACGAUUGAUUAUAGACCUAGAAGAAACAGAGACUACCUGGAUGCUGUUUACAUUUCUCCCAGUGGAACCGCCUAUUGGUCAAUUAUUAAGGCAUAUGAGGCGCUUCAAAAGCAAUGGCGGGAGGAUGACGAAGGUAAACCUGAUUUAUCUUCUUCAUUUGCUCCUUUGUCUGAUGAUUUAAUAAACAAAUUAACCCGGCAAACCCGAAAGAAAAUUGAGGAAGAAAUGAAAAGGAAGAGGAAAAAUGUUGCCGCAAUGAAGAAAUCAAAAAAGGCUUCAGUGAAAGAAUCUGCAGAUGACACUGAUAGUGAUCAGAAUGAUGAGCGGCUCAGUUCUUUUAUUAGGCAAAAUGGCAAACCAAAGAAAAGCAAGCUGCAUGAAUCAAUAAAUGAGAGAGUGGAUGAUUUGAAUGACCAUUCCGAUCAAGAUAAUGUUCAGAAACCAUCCACAACUAGUUCUAGUGUUGUCCAAGGACGCAAAAGCAGAGUAAUUGGUAGAUGUACACUGUUGAUUCGCAAUUCUGAGCUAGGGCAGAAUUCUGAAUCCGAUGGAUAUAUCCCUUAUACUGGGAAAAGAACUUUGUUGUCAUGGCUGAUUGACUCGGGAACAGUUCAGUUGAGUGAGAAAGUGCAGUACAUGAAUCGUAGAAGAACACAAGUGAAGUUAGAAGGUUGGAUAACAAAAGACGGGAUUCACUGUGGUUGCUGCAGCAAGAUCUUAACAGUGUCAAAAUUUGAGCUUCAUGCUGGAAGUAAAUUGCGUCAACCAUUUCAAAACAUCUUUUUAGAGUCUGGGCCCUCUCUGCUGCAAUGCCUAAUUGAUGCAUGGAAUAGGCAAGAGGAAUCUGUGCGCCGUGAUUUCCAUGAAGUUGAUGUUGACGGUGAUGACCCAGAUGAUGAUACUUGUGGUAUCUGUGGUGAUGGCGGGGAUUUGAUCUGCUGUGAUGGUUGUCCCUCUACUUUCCAUCUGAAUUGUUUAGGAAUACAGGUGCUUCCUCCGGGUGAUUGGCAUUGUCCAAAUUGUACAUGUAAAUUUUGCGGAACAAGUGGAAACCCUACUAUUGAAGACUCAUCGGCGAGUGAACUUUCCUUGUGCAUCCGUUGUGAGAAAAAAUAUCACAAAUCAUGUAGUGGUUGGAUGCUUACUUCAGAUGUGAAUGGCAAUGAUCCUUCUGUUUCUUUUUGUGGGAAGAAGUGCCAAGAGUUGCAUGAUCGUCUGCAUAAGAUUCUUGGUGUGAAACAUGAGCUUGAAGCAGGCUUUUCAUGGUCUUUGUUACAAAGAACAGAUUUGGAAUGUGACGCAUCAAGCAAGGGAUUUCCUCAGAGAGUGGAGAGCAAUUCCAAGUUAGCUGUUGCACUAUCUGUCAUGGAUGAGUGCUUUUUACCCAUCAUUGACCGGAGGAGUAAAGUCAAUUUGAUUCACAACGUGCUUUACAAUUGUGGAUCAAAUUUUAGCCGGCUGAAUUUUUGUGGAUUCUUUACAAUGGUUUUGGAGAGGGGCGAUGAACUUAUAUCAGCGGCAUCUAUCAGAAUCCGUGGGCCACAAUUAGCAGAGAUGCCUUUUAUUGGGACUCGCAAUAUAUACAGGCGCCAAGGAAUGUGUCGUCGUCUACUUUCUGCUAUUGAAACGGUCCUAUGCUCUCUCAAAGUUGAACAGUUGGUUAUUCCUGCGAUUUCUGAGCAUAUGCACACAUGGACUGCGGUUUUUGGUUUUAAACAACUUCAACAGUCAGAUCAGAAAGGAAUGAAAUCGAUGAACAUGUUGGUGUUUCCUGGGACGGAUUUGUUGCAGAAGCAACUGCUUAAACAAGAACCCAAUGAUGCUAUAAAAGGUUCUGAUUCAAGAGAUAAUCUGUGCCUCUCACCGGCUCCAAUAGAGAAAACUGAAGCUGAAUCACCUAUAGAGCAGAAGGAAGAAAAUGCUUGUAAGGUUGAAUCAGACUGCAAUUAUGAGGAUAAGGCUAGUGUUCAUGCAUCUUCUCCUUUAACCACUACUAAUGAUAGUACUGAAGAUAGUGGUCCCGAUACUGCUCUUAAACCUGGCACCCAACUCUCUGGAGAGAAUACCCCUGUCAAUUCUGAACUGAUCAAAGACAAUGGGGGAUCUCCUGGCUCUUCUAUAGAAAGCUCUGCGUUGGAUUCUUCAGCCAAAUCUGAUACCCUCUCUUCGGCUGAUAAUUUGACUGAUGAUGCACAUAAAAUGAACAUAGAUGUGUCAAAUCCCAGUUCUAAUCUUGAAGUUCCGGGUGAAAUGUCGAAGGACACUGUUGAGGACGUUGGUGUUGAUCAGGAUCCUGUUUGUGUUUCUAAUGACUGCCGUGCUGAUGAGAAUUCAAUGCUAAACAAAAAUGAUCAAGAUAGCACUUUGGUUGAGAUUCCGAAGAUACAGCAUAGUCCUGUUCAGGAAGUCUCGCUUCAUGAUGGCAGGGAUUCCUCUGCAGAAGAUUGUGAUGGGGUUGUUCCUGAUGGUGUUCCAAACAAUGGUAUUCCUGAAAGUGGACCUAGUUCAGUUGAAGUAACUGUUACUGCAAAUGGUUUUGAGACAGUUUGUAUUGAGCAGAAUCCUGCGACUGAUAUUUUGCCUUCCUACGAUGAGGACUCAACUACAGUGGUCUACUCCAACUUGAACAAGCCAGUUGGAAUUGCUGCUGGAAAAGACUUGCCUGUGUCCGCUGAAACUGUUGGUGAUGCUAAAGUUGCAAAUGAUCUGACUUGCAAUUCUGCUUAUCUUGAUGAAGUAAUACCCACAGUUGGUAAUGUAAAUAAUGACACUGGAACUGAUGUGAAAGCCUGUCAUUCUGAAAAUGCUCACGAGUCUGUGAAUGGAGUUGCAUCAGGUAAUGGAUUAGAAGAAGUGAGGAAGCUAGAUAUUGGUUCUGAUUUUGAAAGUGGGGUGGAUCAUGAAGUCACUCCGACCAAGACCAGUCUGACUUCUGAGAACAGGGCAGCAAUGGAAAAUGGACUUCCCAUUGCAUCAGGAUCUUGCGGAGCAGAAAUUGCCCCUUUGAAUGAGGAAGUCGAUUCUUUAAGUAAACAUACAUCUGUAGAUAAUUCAGCAGUGAUUUUGAGCAAUUCACUGGCUAAAAAAUCUGCAGAACUUGAAGAUACUUUGGAUGCUAAUACCGAACCCUCUGGUCACUUGAGCCCUCAGUUAAGCAAUCAGAGUAAAACUACCGGAAGUGAAGUAAUCGGAACUGAAACUGUUGUUCAACUUGAAAAAGUAGCAGACAUGGCUCCAAAUUCUUCUUAG